AUGAUUCGCGGAGGGCUUCUUAGCUUGCUAUACAACAAGACCCUUUGUCUUUCAGGAUCUACGCUGGCCGAUCAAUCUGUGCUUACUCUUAUGAGUGAGGAUUUUGAUCGAAUCGCUGCUGGUUUUGAGAAUUCAGAUGUGCUAUGGGCCUCACCUAUUGAGGUGGGCCUGGCACUUUAUCUCCUGUACAGACAGAUCGGACUUGGUUGCCUUGCACCUGUUGUUUUCGUGGUUGGGUGUACUGCGUCGGUUCAUACGUUGUCAAAGUGGGCAAAAUCUGCGCAGCACCUCUGGAUGGAAGCCCUUCAGGACAGAAUCACCUCGACGUCGUCCUUUCUCAGCAACAUCAAAAACAUUCGAAUGUCUGGCAUCUCGGAACACUCAUCUGCCAAAAUUGAUGAUCUACGUGUCAAGGAGUUGGAAAAGUCGAAAAGCUUUCGUAAAAAUGCUACUAUCGGAAUGACUGUUGGUGUUCUGCCAGAGACUAUCGCCCCUGCUGCAGCUUUUAUCGUUUACGCCCUCAUCGCUAGACACUCCGGGCAAGCACUUAAUCCUGCGAAAGCAUUUUCGUCAUUAUCCCUCGUCGGUCUAGUCAGUACGCCCAUGUUGAACUUCAUGCAUGCUUUUCCGGUAUUUGUCGCUUCUUUGGGUUCUUGGGAUCGGAUUCAGGAAUAUCUUUUGAUGGACCAGGGCCAGGGUCACCAAGGUUCCACUUCCUUUGGCCAUAUAUCCAAAUUCCAACAAACAGGAUUGCGCACAAAGUCCUCUUCAGAUGCAGAGACAAUACAACUCAAUGACUUACAGCACACUGAUCUGAACAACCCUUCUAGGUCCUUGAUACAGAUGGAGAACGCUUCGUUUUCCUUCAAGGCAGCUGAAGAUCCUGUCUUGAAAAAUAUCUUUCUCAAAGUCAAACCAGGCAGUAGCUCUCUACUCGUGGGACCGGUUGGAAGCGGCAAGAGUGCUCUGUUGUUAGCCCUGCUUGGCGAGAUUGUUCAGACAGAGGGAGAAACGGUGAAACGACCGGGGUUGCGGAUUGCAUAUUGCUCCCAAGAGCCAUGGUUGCCUAACCUCUCUAUCCGAGCUGUUAUCCAGGGGGCUUCAAAUUUUGACGAAACAUGGUACCAAGAGGUGAUCAAUGCAUGCUGUCUUGACACGGAUAUUGGCCGUCUACCACAGAAAGACAUGACUACUGUUGGGAGUAAAGGUGCGCGUCUCAGCGGGGGUCAAAGACAGCGUAUUAGCCUCGCAAGAGCUAUCUAUUCCCGCAAACAACUUCUUCUGUUGGAUGAUAUCACCAGUGGCCUUGACGCUGCCACAGAGAACCAGGUCGUUCAAACGAUAUUGGGACAGCACGGUAUCUGCCGGAAGUAUGGUUUGGCUGUGGUUCUUGCAACACACAAGAUACAUUUCAAGUAUAAGGUGGACAUGGUCAUCACGAUUGAUAAUGAUGGCUUAAGUGUGAAAGCUCAACCUUCUGAUCAGAUAGUUGCCAAUUUGGAAAGUGACAUCCCGAUACAAGAAGAUACUCCUCUUAUCGCUUCUGUACCCGAUGUCUUGGAAGAGCAAGACAUGGAAGCCAGUGAAGCGCUCGCCGAUGUAUCCCGGCAGGUAGGCGACUCCAGUCUUUACAUUCUCUAUGCAAACGAAAUGGGUUGGGUCCUCGUUAUAUUAGUUCUUUCUGCAUCGAUUGGCUUUUGCUUCUUCAGCAGAUUCCCCAAUAUUUGGCUGGAGUGGUGGUCCGAAGCAGAAAUUCAGAACUCAGGCAAAAGCAGCACCCGAUACAUCGCUGGCUAUGCAGGCUUUGGAGUCUCAUCGGCCAUCUGCUUCUUUCUUAUUUACUGGAUUUUCAUGGUUGAAUCCGUGCCUCGUACUUCAGUUCGUUUGCACAGAAGGCUGCUGAAGGCCGUCACCGCAGCCCCUCUUGCGUCUCUUGUGUCAACUGAUACUGGAGUGAUACUAAAUCGUUUCAGUCAGGACAUGUCUUUGAUUGAUAUGAGACUCCCAGGUGCAAUGAUACAAACACUAGACGGUGCCCUUGAUACGAUUGCCGAAGUUGUGCUGAUCGCGCAAUCAUCCCCAUGGACCGCAUUGACUUUCCCUCCUAUCUUCUUCAUUCUUUAUAUUUUGCAAAAGUUCUAUCUACGUACCUCGAGACAGAUUCGAUACUUAGACCUCGAAGCCAAGUCGCCACUUUUCUCCAGCUUCCUCGAGACGUGCGACGGGAUUGCGACAAUCAGAGGUUUUGGCUGGCAAGAAAAUUUCCGUCAGCUCAACAUGCAUCUUACGGACGAGUCACAGAAACCGUUUUAUCUCAUGUACUCUAUUCAAUGCUGGUUGACUCUGGUUUUGAACUUGAUAGUGAUGGGAAUCGUCGUCGUACUUGUCGUCUUGGCUAUUGAGCUACGCAAUACAUCUGGCGGUGCUCUGGGUGUUGCGCUCAACAAUGUUACUGCUAUCAGCGCGACUUUGGCAUAUGUCAUCGAAGCCUGGACUUCGCUUGAAACGUCGAUUGGGGCAUUGGCUCGUCUAAAAUCCUUCGAAGCCGAAACGCCAACUGAGCAUCUUCCUCGGGAAUGCUACACUCCCACAAAUGCUUGGCCAUCCGAAGGAAGAAUCCAAUUUAUCGAUCUUGCACUAAGCUACCGGACUGAGUCUGAUCCUGUAAUUCAGGGAAUCAAUGUAACAAUACCUCCCGGUGCUAAAAUAGGCAUCUGUGGGCGCUCGGGAAGUGGCAAAAGUUCCCUGGUAUUAGGCCUAUUGCGACUGAACGAGAUCACGAAAGGAAGAAUCCUAAUCGAUGACCUCGAUAUCAGCGUGGUUCCUCGAGAGACAAUUCGACGAAAGCUUGCCGCAUUACCCCAAGAUCCCCUGAUAUUGCCUGGCUCAAUCCGUGCAAAUCUCGAUCCUUUGCAAAAACAUACCGACGAGGCCAUUAUGUCUGCAAUUUCCCGGGUCGGAAUGCUGAAUUGGCUAUUAUCCAAAGAAACAGGCUUAGACAGUGCCAUUCAGAAAGAGACACUUUCUGCUGGUCAGCAGCAACUGAUCACCUUUGCGCGAAUCUUGUUAGAGCCGAAGCCGUCUCCAAUUCUGCUCCUCGAUGAAGCUACUUCGGUGGUAGAUAUGCAAACAGAAGCCACGAUGAUGAAAUUGGUCUGGGAGCGAUUCCAAGACAGUACAGUCAUUGCCGUGGCUCAUCGUCUGAACACCAUUCUCGACUUUGAUCUGGUGUUGGUUAUGGAUAAUGGGGCCCUUGUCGAAUCUGGAAGGCCGGCUGAGCUUCUUCAGAACCCCGAGAGUUGGUUUAGUGGUUUAUGGACAAAACAAGUCCAGGAUGGCGUUCAGAGUGCCAUUAAGAGUAGAUCCUAG